AUGAAUAGAGGAAUUGAGAAUCUUAACAUUAGCGGUGACAUGAAAUUACCACCUAGUAUUCAUAGUUGCAAGACCCUUAAGGUUCUUAAGUUGAAAGGAAUAAUAGUGAAUGGUUUUUCUCAUCAAGUGGAUUUUCCUGUUCUUAAAAUUCUUCAUUUAAAGAGAAUGAUUUUUGAACGGCAUGAAUUGCUUGUUAAACUUCUCUCUGGUUGUCGUAUACUUGAGGAAUUUGAAACCAAAUAUUUAGGUUUUCUUAAUGGUUCGCGUGUUCCAGCGAAAGAGUUUGAUGGCUUGUUACCUAGUUUAGUCCAAGCAAAGAUUUCUUGUCAUGAUUCUAUUAUUCCUCUUCAUUUGGUUCGCAAUGUGGAGAGUCUACAUAUGGAACAAGCACAAUUGGAAUGUUGUAUUACUAAACUUCCCAUGUUUCAUAAUCUGACACAAGUGAAACUUCAAUUUUUCUUUAAUAUGUGGGGUUGGUUGCAACAAAUUCUUGAACAAUGCCACAAACUUCAAAGUUUAAUCAUACAGGGUCUUGAAUAUCAAGACGAAAGUUGGAACAACCAAAGUUGGAACGAUCCACCAAUAAUUCCAAAGUGUCUUUCAUUGCACCUGAGAACAUGCUGUCUUGCAUAUUGUAAAGGCACUGAAUCUGAGCUCCAAUUUGCAAAGUAUAUUUUGCAAAAUUCGAAAAGACUGAAGACUAUGAAAUUUAAGUAUAAUUACUGUGCAGAUAUAAAAGCGAAACACCAAAUGACAAUGGAAUUAUCUUCACUCGCAAAGGGCUCUACAAUGUGUGAAAUUGUUUUUGAAAACUCGGUAUCUAAUUCAAUUUCCGAUUAA